UUUUUUGUGAGAGAUUAUUGCAUUAUAGUUGCAAUUGGCAUCAUUCCUCUUGCGUGAGAUUGGCAUGAUGCGAGUCACAAGUACAGUUGAGUUGGGACCACGUGUCAUCCUAUGGUUCGUGACAUGCAACUUGUUACACUGAAGAGAUGUGGGGAUGCGUUCACACGUGCCGUAGGGGUGCCGGUAGGUUAGCUGGCCCGCCCCCAUCUUCUAUUCUCCGAUUCUCCGCUCUCGCCGCAAAUUACGAAACAGCCCCUCAACUCGGAUGCCAUUUUCGUAGAUUUCUCGGGAUCCAGGGGCGUAGGGGAGAGACAACGUUGACCUGUGUAUCUGUCUCUGCCACGUCACCAAAUUGCGCCAGGUCAUCGUGUAAUGAAGUGACACAACUCGGUUACACCGAAGAAUUUCUCAGCCGAGCAGAAAACCAGCGGACAAAGCUCAAACAGUCAACACUCUCUUUUCCUCUUUUCUACCAAAUAUUAAUUUUUUUUAUCAUCACCAAAAAAAGCACAAAAGAGAGAAAGAGAGAGAGAGAGAGAGAGAGAGAGAGAGAAGAAUUUGAAUAAAUAACAAAUAAAAACGUCGAUCGAGGAGCGAACGCGCGGAGGAGGAGGAAGAAGAAGAGGAAGAGCUUUGUAAAGAGGAGAGGAUUCAAAUGCGAUGGGGAGCGGCGCAUCCCGCCUCUUCUCGUGCGUGAGGCCCUCAGGGGGCGGCGUCGGAGGCGGGGACGGGGCCGCGGCAGGGUUCGACCCCGGGCCCCUCGACGAGACCCUCGGCCACUCCUUCUGCUACGUGCGCUCCUCCUCCCCGGCGCACUCCCGCUCCUCCUCCGCCUCCUCCUGCACCGGCGGCGGCGGCGGCGGCGGCGGAGGGGGAGGCUCCGCCGCGGUGGAGACGGCCUUCAAGACCAUCUCCGGCGCCUCCGUGUCCGCCAACUCCUCCGCCACCCUCCCCGUCUACGGCUCCGGAGCCUCCGCCGCCGCGUCCUCAGGGUUCCGGAGCUCCUCCUCCUUCUCUGCCCUCCCCCUCCAGCUCGCCGCCGCCUCCGGGCCGCUCGAUCGCGGCUUCUUCCUCUCCGGCCCGAUCGAGCGGGGGGCCCUCUCGGGCCCCCUCGACCAAGUCCCCUUCUCCGGCCCGAUCGUAAAGAAGAAGCGCCGGGGCCUCCCGCGAAGGCUUCGGAAGCCCUCGCUCUUCGGGCGGAGCCUCUCCGAGAAGAACCGCCCCUGGGUCGUCCCCCUCCGGAGCUUCAACGGCCGCAAGGGCGAUCUCCCCGACGCCGCCGCCGCCGACUGCUCCGCCGCGGCGGAGGGCAGCGUCCAGUGGGCCCACGGCAAGGCCGGCGAGGAUCGUGUCCACAUCGUCGUGUCGGAGGAGCACCGCUGGCUCUUCGUCGGGAUCUACGACGGCUUCAACGGUCCCGAGGCCCCCGAUUUCCUCGUCGCCAACCUCUACCGCUCCGUCUUCGAUGAGCUCCGUGGCCUCUUCUGGGCGGAAGACGAAGAGGAGCCGCUACCUCAGGAAUCGAGCUUCGAGAAGGACGAGCGUCGUACCAGAGGGAGCGUUCUAGAAGAUUCUAGAGUCGUCUCCAAGCCCCUGUGGCAGUUCCUCGCCGAUGGGGAUGGCGAUGCGGAGCUCGAUUUCUCCGGAUCGGGUCGGUUUGCUUUCUCCCUCUCCAAGCUUCGGUACGGCAUCGGGAGCUGGAGGAAGGACGGCCGGAAGGUGCGGCUCCCGCGGUGGAUAUACGCCUCCGACGACAAGGCCAAGGAAUCCAGCAGGGUUGUGGCCGAUCGCGGCAGCAGCGGCGGCAGUCGGCGGCGGAAGGCAGCGCCUGCAGUGGCGGACCACGGGCUGGUUCUCGGAGCCCUGGCUCGAGCCCUGGAGACCACAGAGCUCGCCUUCUUGGAGAUGACAGACCGGGCAAUGGACUGCAAUCCGGAGAUGGCGCUCAUGGGCUCAUGCCUGCUCGUCGCACUGAUGCGCGACGACGACGUGUACGUCAUGAACGUUGGUGACAGCCGCGCCAUCGUGGCUCAGCGCAGGGAUUGGGGUAGUGUCGAUAGGCAAAUGGAUGAUGGCGGGUUUGGAUGUAACGAUGGGGGUCGUAACUGCGAUGUUGAGAUCGACGAGGCGUCGAGGAGAGAAGCGACGGAGUUGGGGGCGCUGCAGCUGUCAACAGAUCACAGCACAAGCAUCAAAGAGGAGGUGCUCAGGAUUAAGAGAGAGCACCCUGAUGAUGAUCAAUGCAUUGUCAAUGAAAGAGUGAAGGGACGGCUAAAGGUCACCCGCGCAUUUGGGGCUGGGUAUCUCAAACAGCCGAAGUGGAAUGAUGGAUUGUUAGAAAUGUUUCGGAAUGAGUUUGUUGGAACGGCGCCUUACAUAACUUGCACGCCCUCCCUUCGCCACUAUAAGCUGCGCCCAAAUGAUCAGUUUUUGGUCCUAUCUUCUGAUGGAUUAUAUCAGUAUUUGAGCAAUAAGGAAGUUGUUUUACAUGUCGAAAAUUUCAUGGAGAGGUUCCCAGAUGGAGACCCUGCACAAAGUCUAAUUGAGGAGCUGCUUUUUCGUGCAGCUCAGAAAGCUGGUAUGGACUUCUUUGAACUACUGGACAUACCUCAAGGGGACCGACGGAAGUACCAUGAUGAUGUUACAGUUAUGGUUAUUUCACUUGAAGGGAGAAUUUGGAAGUCCUCUGGGAAAUACGUUUGAUGUGCCCGAAAACUUAGAACGGCUCAUAUACUGUUUUGUGAUACACAAAAGCCCGCGGCGUAUAGCUGAUGCAAACAUGUUGAGAAAAUAUGGCAAAUGCGGAACUUGGCUUCUAUUGUCGAAGAGGUAAUUGAAAUGUGCAAUGAUUCAGGACGCAGCUUUGUUUUCUACAAAAGAUCACAUACAAAAAAGCCUUUGUUCGGAAUUGAAAAGAUUAUUUGUGGACUGGGGAUAAAAGAUGGAAAAUAUUUCGAUAAGCAGUGGAUAAUGGGGGAUGCUCAGCAUCAAGUGCUGUGGCAAAUAUUUUUUCUUUUCUAUUGGGGGAACAUUCUUACAAACAUCUAAAAAUUUUCCAAUUUCUUGUAGGAAAUGAGCCUUGUAAUAUGUUGCAGUUGCUCCAGUUGAGAGACUUAUAAAAGAUACAAAAAAAUUGUUCAGUUUUUUUUUAU